UUUAUGUCGACAAUGUGAACAGACCCGGCUACCAGCUACACCUCGUUCAUCACUCCAACUACUGGGGCAACUACGAGCCCUUGGAUGGAGCAGGAGAAGAGCAAAGCCAUCAUGAUAGUGAUGGGCACCCGCGGCCAGAACACGCUACGCCGGACCUUCAUGGGCAGUGUCAGCGACAGUGUGGUCCACCACGCCAGCUGCCCCGUGCUGGUCUGUUGUCACCCCAAGCACUGAGUGACCGACACACGGCCACCCGCCGGUCGGCUGAACCUCAGCUGACCCCCAGCUGAUCCCCAGCUGACUGGUAGAGCAGAUUAUGAGAUGGCCACCACUGACUUGCUCAGCAAUAUUUGUUCAUGAUGCGAUGUUCAUUCAUUUUUUCCCCCCAGACUCUGCCCUGACUUGGUCGCUUUUAAGGACAAGCAGGCUUACCCAGAUUUUGGGGGUUUCCAGAAAUCUU